AAUCCAGACCAGUCCGCACGGUGACAAUGUAUAAAUGAACCCUGAUGUCUAACUGCUGAUGUUUUCUAAAUAUGUUAAACCCAUUGUUAAAGUAUUAACGAAAGUAAUUAAUAUCGACAGUGGCUUUGUAAUGCCUUUUUAUGCUGUACGACGCGGCAGAAAGCCAGGACUUUACAUGACAUGGGAUGAGUGUAAAAAGCAAGUUGAUGGUUUUGUGAAAGCUCGAUACAAGAAGUUUGAUACUGAAAGAGAAGCUUGGGCGUUUGUUCGUGGUAAUGAUAAUCCAGAAGGCUACAUUGCCCCACUCCAUGGCCAGGGCGUCACAAAUGUCUCUCAGUUUGGAGGAAGUGGCACACAGUUCUUCAGUCAGCAAGGUCCCUCAGGUGUGCAGCAAUCCCCACAGAAAACGCCGAAAAAGAUAGGGUCGGAAAGUGACAUUGAUUUCGGAACAGUUUCACCAGAAAUACAGAUCAAGGUUAAAGAGAUGGAGGUGGGAACCUUGAGGCAGAAACUGAAGAUGAAUGAGGAGAAAGUAAAAUACAUGAAGAAGAAAGCAGAACUGCAAGAUCUGAAGAAAUCAGUUCUAAACAGCCCUGCCAAAGUUCUAAACAGCCCUGUCUAUGCAAAAGGGAAGGCCAGCAACCUUAAGUCAGCCAACAAAUCGUUCACAAAGGGAGCUAGAAGUGCCCCCUAUCAAUCCAGUUCUAGCGCCUCUUGGAAGCAGAAUCGUACCACCCAGUAUGUAGAGACAGUACCAUCUAGGAAGUUUCAUACAGAAACCUCACCAGUAUCAAAUUCAACAGGCGGUGCUGUAGCAGAGGUUUACACAGACGGAGCCUGUUCUAACAAUGGCAAGGGCAACCCACAGGCUGGUAUUGGCGUCUACUGGGGACCAAACCAUGCAGGGAAUCUCAGUGAAAGAUUAGAAGGCCGCCAGACAAAUAACAGAGCAGAAAUUCAUGCGGUGGUGAGAGCCGUUCAGUAUGCAAAGACCCGGGGCAUACAGGAGCUCACUGUGCACACUGACAGCCAGUUCCUGAUCAACUCUAUGACAAAGUGGCUGCCUUCAUGGCUGAAGAAAGAUUGGAAGACAUCCACAGGCGCUCCAGUCAUUAACAGAGAGGAUUUUGAAGCCCUUAUUCACCAUAGCAAGGGAAUAAAAAUUCACUGGAAUCAUGUGAGGGGUCACCAGGGUAUCCAUGGCAAUGAGGAGGCAGACAAGUUGGCUGUGGCUGGUGCCAAUAAACCCUAUGUGUGGGGUGAUGAGUGCUCCUGAUAUGGGAACCAGCAAAACAGUUUAUAAACUUAUAAGUGAGCCUGCCUUUUGAAAAAUGGGGUUAAAUGCAUGUGCAUCAAAUGUCUUCCCAGAUUAGCCUGUGCAUUCUGCACAGGCUAAUCCGGGAUGACACUUUCAGUAUGAACUGGAUUUUUGCAUGAAAAGGAUUUCUUCAAAUGAAAAUACAAUAGAAAAAAGUGUUGUUUCUGACAUGCUAAUCUGGGACUACACUUUUGCACAUGCAUUUAGCCCAGUUUUGCCGAUAGUGUUUCUUGGUAUCAGGAAAGCUUUAGUUCCGAAUGACUUAGUCAGCUUACAAAUUGCAAUAUUGCUUUUACUGGAUCAAAACAUUUCACUAAAAUAGCAGAUUUGGUGACAAAAGAGCUUGAAUACAGGUUGAACUUUGUUUUGGUAUCACCUUUCAACUAUUAAUAUUUCAGAUUGAUUUGUGUCACAUGUUAUAAUAAAUUUAUAUUCGGAUUUGUCUGUUACUUAGAAAUCAUGAUGAUGUUAUGUAUGAGCAGUGCUAUUUGUGAACAGGGGUAGUAGCAAAAGAUCUUAAAAUUUAUAGGUAUUGUAUGAAGCUUAAAAAGGCCAAACCUUCAACAUUAUUGCUGUAAGAUAAUGCCUAGAAAUUCCAACACUUCUCUGACAUAAUUAUGAUUAAAUGCAUAUUGUUUAACCCUUUACCACUAAGAUACAUACUUUGACGCAUUGGUAGUCCCUUAGGAAGUCAUAUUUAAUUUAAGACCUUUUUAACAGAUUCAAGUUUUUGAGGCUUCAUUUCAAGCUCUUAGAUACUGAUGAGCAGCAAACAGCAUAAAACCUGAACAGACUCCGAGUUACUUGCGGGCUGUUCUGGUUUCAUGCUGUUUGCACAUGGCCAUUUUCACUUUGCUUUUAAGUGGGAAAAGGUUAAAGCUUAACCUCUGAACACUACAUAUUAUUGUUGUUGUUUUUUCAUGCUGAUCACUAUUGUUAUUUACUCUGAUUAUUUAUUAAACUUUUUGGACAAAUGGACACAGUAUGCAAUUAGACCAGGGUGUUGUUAUGAAUAAGAAUUUUCAUUUCAGUAUCAAGUUUGAAAACAUGGAUAUUUUUCCAUACAUUUUUUGAUUUGCUGACCUAUGUCAAACUAUGGUGAUGAGGUUGUUAUUGCUUUGUUCCUUUUGAUAUUUAAUCUAGUUUUUGAGAAAUACAUGUAAAAAUUUAAAUGUUUGUUUAAAAUAUAUGUGUUUUCUGAAAAUAAAUUAUUUCAUGACAUAA